AUGAAAAUGCAGUCACACUUGAAAUACCUGAGAGUUAUUCUGCUUACCACUUCUAUGAUUCUGAGUAUAUCUGGACAGUCAGUGGAGAAAUGCGAAAUCAAUUCGGGGAAUUGUAUUCACGGGCAGUGUAUUAAUGGUGUAUGUGUAUGUGAAACAUGUUGGACAGGUGAAAACUGCGGAGAUAAAUUAUCUAGAAAGCCUACAUUCGUUGAGAGGCAAUUCACAUUCGAAAAGAAGCUCUCAGAUAUAAUUGAUGGAGGUGUUAUUGGCCGUCUACCACUAAGUGAUGAGAACUCUUCUAUAGCAACAUGUGGAAAUGUUCACUUCGAAAUCGUGUCUAAUGCAAGCCAACUGCCUAUAUAUAUUGACUCCAAGAGUGGUGUUUUGUACUCCGACAAUUUAUUUGAAAAAACAGAAAUUUAUCGUACAGUUGAAUUUAAUGUGACUAUUCGAGAGGACAACAACCAUUUAGGAGUACUUGAUCAGGCAGUUGUCAGAAUUUCAGUUUACAAUAGUCAUUCUGAUGAAGAUGUAGAAAGGAGAGUUUCUCGCGUUAAGAGGGCUAUUAUAACACCUCCAACUGUAGGUAGUAUCAAAUUUUACAGAUCAAACACUCUGAAGGACUCUAAUUAUUGUCUCUACGACACCUGGUUUGUUGACUUGGAUAUCACCUUACCGCCUGGAAAUCACACUCCAAUUAUCAAUGUUUAUGGACCUGCUAUCAGUGGAUCGUAUAGGGGAUAUAUUGAAUAUUUGUUCAGUAAUUUCAGUGGUGUAAAUGUAGUGAACAACUCUACAGUGCAGUUUAGUAACCUUACAUAUAUUGGUGGUCGUUCAUCCCCUUCGAGAUUCACUAUGCUCCUAGGCCGGACCAGAAUUCUGUCAUCUCCUGCCACAAGUUUAAGCUGGGGAGAAGACUGGGCUUUAUCCUCAUCCAGUACAGUACAGCGAAUUCUUCCUAUUUUUGUGACAAACAACUGCCCAAGCCCACUGAAUAUUACUUAUAUAGUGACUGUUGGCUCAACAAAAUUCUCUGGCUAUUUCACAUUCUAUACUGAUGCUCCUGAAUUAUCUACAUCAAAUCUUAGUAUCCAGUAUUCGCCAACUCUCACCAACCCAAACGGUUUCUAUGGUCACAUGUGCAGUGGAACGACUUUCGCAUUAUCAGCAUGUCAUGUAUUGCCUGGCAGUCGUUGUGCUUUUUUCACAACUUGGAUUAAUCGAAUUUCUCCAGGAGUUGGGUCAAUGAAUGUGUCACAAAUUUCUAAUCCAGCAUCACAAAGCAGUGUGCACCGUCCGGCAAGUUUCAGCAUAAAAUUGACUUACUUAGACGAUGUGAUAAGGGCGGAUUACGGUCCUAUAUGUGUAACCGAUGAAGUGGAUACCACAGUGUGUUUCCCCUGGACUGUGAGAUUAAUGAGCGAUUGCAACCAAACAACCACGUAUAACUUUGUAUUUCCAGUACAGGUUCAGAUCAAUGGCAGGCCAGAAAAUAUAAGUGCUGGGGAUAUUAAAUUCAGUUUCACCCCGGUUUUUACCGCCUUCAGCCAGAUGAUAAUUGAACUAACUCCACCUAACAUGAACUUGCAACCAGGUCAAAUAGGAAAUUUCACCAUAAUAUAUACAAUUCCACUAAAUACUAACUACACGAAAUUCACUGUUAGUAUUAAUUGUACUGCAAAUACAUCUAAUGUUGACGCUAUCUUGACCGUGAAAGGAUUCCAAAUAGCUCUGGGUUCCAAUUUAGCAAGUGCAACAAGUGCGUACUCAUUCAAUUAUUUGUCAAGUUACAAAACUGGCCAGCUAGAUCAACUGACAGUAUAUUUUGACAGAGUUAUCAACAGUGCUACUGCUCUUGGUCCUUUGGUACGAAAUACUCUCUCCAUAACGGUGAAAAUCCAGCUGAGUGAUAGCCAACGUGCAGAAAUUGGUACUACAUGGCCCGUGCAAUUCACAAGUACAUUUACAAGUACGAGUACUAUUACAAGAUAUAAUACCUCUUUCGUGACAUGCACGAGAACAGGUUUGGAGAAACCGAUAAUUCAGUUCGCACUGUCUCAACUCUCAGUGAACACACUUCAGGAUUGCGUAGACAGAUAUCUAGUCUACAUUCAAACUUUAGUUCAAAUGAACAACGAGACUGGAUUAGAAUGCGAAACACAGUCGAUAUUUUUCUACUUUGGUUCACCAGUGGAGUCAAUCAAUGUGUUCAAUCAAACAGGGAAUAAUAGUGAAAUAUUAACUACAAUCCCUCUAGAUCCUGCAACGAGAUCGGUUAAAUUUUCAGUUGGUCCUUUAUAUUUCGGUCAGAGAUAUUCAAUUGUAUUUCAAGUGAAAUAUCCAGAAUCUCUUCGUCCUCCUGUCGUUAAACUUCCUGUGCUGGUUGAAGUUGUAUGCAAACCCUACGAGCGUAGCAUCGCUCUUACAAAUAAAUGCAGGAAGUCAAAAUUCUUCAGAUUCAUGUCUCCAAUAAGAGUUGAAGUCGAUACUUAUCCAUGCGACUUACCGCAUUAUGUUGCAAUGAAGAAUCCCAAAGUUCCAUUGUUGGGUACUCGACUGACCACAUUUCUGAAUGUUGGUGAUCGCCUUUUUUAUUGUGGCCGUGUGCUUAAUUGGAAGUUAUCAUUCGAAGAGCAAAGACGUUGCUUCAUGAUCAGUCCACUGCCUCAAAGAAUAUGGUCAGGUGCCCUGCUCGGUUUGGGAGCCAACGGUGGAGGAGCGUUAAAGAGUCUGAACUUUGGAUUGAAAUGGAUCGCAGUCAAUUCAUUCGAGUAUCAAAGAACUGUGAAUGCUUCAACACAAAUAAUCACUGCGAGUGUCACACCUUGGAUUUCACUGACAGGAUCUUAUGACAGUUCAGUUAUUGAGUCAUCAUGCAGACUCAGUGUGUUGGGGCAGUGGAAAGUCUGUAUUGAUGGAAUUUAUGCGAAUCAACUUCUGACAGCUAACUGGAAUGCCACAUGCCCGAAAAUUCAACUUUUCAAACGAGAAAACAACUAA